AUGAUUUAUGAGGAAUCCAAGAUGAAUCUGGAGCAGGAGAGGCCAUUCAUCUGCAGUGCGCCAGGCUGCUCCCAGCGCUUCCCAACAGAGGACCAUCUGAUGAUUCAUAGGCACAAGCAUGAAAUGACUUUGAAGUUUCCCUCAAUAAAAACAGACAAUAUGUUAUCAGAUCAGACUCCGACCCCAACGAGAUUCCUGAAGAACUGCGAGGAAGUGGGACUCUUCAAUGAGCUGGAUUGCUCUCUAGAGCAUGAGUUCAGGAAGGCUCAGGAGGAGGAGAGCAGUAAGCGGAAUAUCUCGAUGCAUAAUACAGUUGGUGGGGCAAUGGCGGGGCCUGGAGCUCACCAGCUUGGCAGCACACGGAUGCCCAACCAUGACACCAGUGUUGUGAUUCAGCAAGCCAUGCCGUCACCCCAGUCCAGCUCUGUCAUCACACAAGCACCUUCCACCAACCGCCAGAUUGGGCCUGUUCCAGGCUCUCUAUCUUCUCUGCUACACAUCCACAACAGACAGAGACAGCCCAUGCCAGCCUCCAUGCCCGGGACCCUGCCCAACCCUACGAUGCCGGGAUCUUCCGCUGUCCUGAUGCCAAUGGAGAGACAAAUGUCAGUGAACUCCAACCUCCUGGGAAUGCAAGGUCCAAAUCUCAGCAACCCCUGUGCUUCUCCCCAAGUCCAGCCGAUGCAUUCAGAAGCCAAAAUGAGGCUGAAGGCCGCGUUGACUCACCACCCUGCUGCUAUGUCCAAUGGGAAUAUGAACACCAUGGGACACAUGAUGGAAAUGAUGGGCUCCCGGCAGGACCAGACGCCGCACCAUCACAUGCACUCGCACCCGCAUCAGCACCAGACACUGCCAGCCCAUCACCCCUACCCACACCAGCACCAGCACCCAGCUCACCACCCCCAUCCUCAGCCCCAUCACCAGCAGAACCACCCACAUCAUCACUCCCACUCCCACCUUCAUGCACACCCAGCACAUCACCAGACCUCGCCACACCCACCCCUGCACUCCGGCAACCAAGCACAGCAGGUCUCACCAGCUACACAGCAGAUGCAACCAACCCAGACAAUACAGCCGCCCCAGCCCACCGGGGGGCGCCGGCGAAGGGUGGUGGACGAGGAUCCGGAUGAGAGGAGGAGGAAAUUUCUGGAACGGAACCGGGCUGCCGCCACCCGCUGCAGACAGAAGAGGAAGGUCUGGGUGAUGUCACUGGAAAAGAAAGCCGAAGAGCUCACCCAGACAAACAUGCAGCUUCAGAACGAAGUGUCCAUGUUGAAAAACGAGGUGGCGCAGCUGAAGCAGUUGUUGCUAACGCAUAAAGAUUGCCCAAUCACAGCCAUGCAGAAAGAGUCACAAGGAUAUCUAAGUCCGGAGAGCAGCCCUCCCGCGAGCCCGGUCCCUGCUUGCUCCCAGCAGCAGGUCAUCCAGCAUAACACCAUCACCACGUCCUCGGCGGUCAGCGAGGUGGUGGGGAGCUCCACCCUCAGCCAGCUCACCACUCACAGAACAGACCUGAACCCGAUCCUUUAA